GCAGCUUUACUGAGUUCCGGCGCUUCUUCAGCUCCAGUUGUGAAGAAACCGGUCGCCUUAUUGGCCGACAUACAGAAAGGAACUAAGCUCAGAAAAGUUACUACAAAUGAUCGGUCUGCACCAUUAGUUGGAGGAAAGCCUAGCUCUUCGUCACUGGGAGCGUCUUCGAUCACUAACCAGCUGGAAAGGGAGCCCAAACCAGGUUCUGGUGGUCGUACGUACGGUGGUGGCAAUGGCGCUCCAAUGAGUGGUCUCUUUGCAAAUGGGCUUCCAUCAAAACCCAGUGAAAACAAAAUCCGAAGGGCCAAUACAUCGGUCACUCCAGCAUCUACUACAUCUCCACCACCUCCUCCUCCCAUACCAACAUCAGGUCGAAAUUUCCCAUCUAGCAGUAUUGGUUCUGCGCCUCCACCUCCAUCUGUGAAACCUUCAGAAUUAGCUGUUUCGAAUAAACCCUCUCCUCCACCUCCACCUGUACAAACUGUAAAACCAGUUAUCAACUCUUCCUCGAACAGUCGCGAUCAGUUCAAAACGAUGCGACCUGCGAAGCCUGACUCGAACCGUAUUAACUCUGGAUUGCGGAGAAGUGGUAGCUCUGAGGACUUUUCCUCUCGUGAAAGCACCCCGGUUCGAGCACCACUGACACGCCCAAGUGUCCCACCACCCGGCAGACCGUCAGCUCCUCCACCGCCUCCACCUAUAAUAAAAACUAAUGGUAGCCACACUCCAGAGCCACCUCCACCACCGGCUGUUCCACCAGUUGCUUCAGCUCUUCCUAAUAGAUUUGGCAGUUCUCCUGCUAUGGGCGUUCGAUCAGAGGAGAGUGCUCCACCUCCUCCUCCAAGGAGUGCAUCUAAAGCUGGUAGUUCCAUUUUUUCUCCUCCUUCUCUGGCAACACCCAAGUUCACAAGCAAGGAUGCUCAUCCUCUUGACCGUUUCGUUUUCAAACCACUGUCAAGUCUUCCGCCUCCGCCGAUUCCUUCACAAGAGAUGGCAAGUGGGCGAGGAGCCGGUUCUGAUUUGGUCCAGCGGCUAAACGCUGUUUCCGAAGUUGAGAAGUCGAUUGGGAAUCUUCUACGCCAUGCACAAACAUGCAUUUCGGAAUUAUCCAAAGAGAAGCAGAUCAGCAAGACAAAAAUGGAGGAGUCAUCUCAGGCCUUCAAGAAAACUCUGACUCAAGUCGAAAAGGAACUUUCUGAACAAAUGCAAUACCUGUCGAAUGUUUGCGUUGGCUCGGCUCACCAAGGACCUGGUAAUACAUCAAUAGUGUUUGAAUUUUCAAUGGAGUGCCAUAGUAUUUUCUCUCCUUCUACUUCGAGAAAUGCAAAUUUACGCAAAAGAAGGCAAAGACCGUACAGCAGUGUGCCUAACGAAAUCACUGAAGAAGUUACUGAGGCUACGCCCGGAAUGCAGAUUCCUGUGGGUGUGGAUGCAAAUCGGCACACAGCAAUCCAGUAUCACAGAGAGGAAGUACCACAUGCUUAUAUCUCGGAAGUGGCUAGAAGAUAUGCUGAGAAGAUUCGCAAAUCGAAGGAACGUACUCUUCAAUCGGAUUUUGAGAAUGAAUCUACUUCUCUCCCGCUGAUAAAACAGAGAUUACGUCGUCUCAUUGGUGAAUGCGAUAUUGAAAGAAUAACUUGCUGUGUUCCCAUGUGUGGCCGCGUAUUCAACUCCGUACAGGUUCUGGCAUGGCAUAUGUCCUACUCUCACCACGAUCUGGGUCUCAAGUCUACCUAUGGCAAUCUUUGUUUCGUCUGUGGUAUUCGCAUGGAUAGUGCUAAGGGUAAAACUAUUCAUUUGAUGAGUAAGCAUAAAAACUUAUGCUUGUCUCAUAAUGAACAAUGCAUGUACCAACGUCUACCGGUCAUCUCCCCAUUGGCUCCUGCGGCGAUUCGGCUCUUGCAGUUUGCUGAUGAGAGCGCAGCUGAUGGAGGUUCAUAUGAAGAGGUGGCGUACAGUGGGUACAACGGAAGCAGUUCAACUGGACAUAUCAUUGCUGACGAUGGGGUGCAACUUACAAUGAACACCUAA